AUGAAUGUUGGAACUAUAAUUAUAAUGAUACUGUUACUAAUAAUACUACCAUCAAUUGAUGUUGCGUACGGUUCGCAGCAGCACGUAGUUGGGGACUCGAUCUGGUCGAUCCCUCCAACCAAUGAUUUCUACUCGAAUUGGUCCUCGUCCUACUCCUUCCGCCUCGGGGACACGCUCUAUUUCGACUUCGACUCGGGAUUUUACGACGUGAACCUCGUGUCGAGGGGCGAAUUCGACAGUUGCAGCGGGGCCCACGCGGUCGAGUCCUUCGUCGACGGCCCGGUCGUUUUCACAUUGUCGAGGAAAGGGGCUUUCUAUUUCGUUUGCGGCGUUUCGAACUAUUGUUCACUGGGGAUGAAGGUCAGCAUGGUCGUGGAUGACCGGACGGCGGCCGCUCGUUCGGAAAGCCCGUCUUCUUCGCCAGUUCCAAGCCCCGCCGGGCCUGAAAAUCCGCCUGUUACGGGCCCGUAA